ACACGCAUCACCGGCCACGCGCUGACCCGCGGGACGCUACCGCCCCAAUGCCGCCACGCCGCACCGGGCUCGCACUUCUCGCCCACCUGUGCGUGUCACUCGCCGCCGCGGCGUCCUACAGCGUCGUCGACUACGGCGCCGUGGCCGACGGCCAGACGGACUGCGCGGGCGCGUUCCUCCGCGCGUGGUCCGCGGCGUGCGCGGCGGAAGGCGAGGGCCCAGCCGCGGUGGUCGUGCCGGCAGGCGAGUUCUUGGUGUCCAGGGCGAGGUUCAGUGGGCCGUGCCGGGGCGGCACGGUGGCCGUGAACAUCUCGGGCACGGUGCUCGCGCCCGUGCCGUACGCCGGUGUGCAGCUCUGGAUCGUGUUCCAGAACGUGGACGGCGUGUCCGUCACCGGCGGCACGCUCGACGGCAGGGGCCAGGCGUACUGGGCGUGCCGGAGAGCCGGCAGCGGCUCCUCUUGCCCGGCCGCCACCAGGUCGUUGACGAUCUACCGGUCUAGGAACGUGGUGAUCCAAGGCCUGACGUCGCUGAACAGCGCAGGCAUCCAUGUCACCGUCCAAGCGAGCACCGGCGUGGCGAUAUUGGACACGGUGGUGUCGGCGCCGGGGGACAGCCCCAACACGGACGGCAUCCACAUCAAGCAGUCGAGCAACGUCACGAUUCGGGACGCUGUCAUCGGCACCGGCGACGACUGCAUCUCCAUGGUCGAGGGCUCGUCGGACGUGUGGAUUCAGGGCGUCAGGUGCGGCCCAGGGCACGGCAUCAGUAUUGGGAGCCUGGGAGACACGCCGGAGCAGGUGGCCGUGCGGAACAUCACCGUGAAGGCCGUGACGCUCGCCGGGACGACCAACGGGCUGCGGAUCAAGUGGUGGGUGAAGGCCAACCGCGGGCUCGUCGACGGCGUCGAAUUCUCGGACGUGGUCAUGAGGGACGUACGGAACCCGAUCAUCAUCGACCAGAACUACUGCCCCGGCAACGUCAGCUGCCCCACCGAGGGUUCAGGCAUCAAGAUCAGCAAUGUGUCAUAUACGAACAUCGAGGGGACGUCGGCAACGCCGGUGGCGGUGCGGUUCGACUGCAGCCCGAGCCGACCGUGCACGGGAAUCACCAUGCGGAACAUUUGGCUGGAGUACGGGGAGCGGCGGCGAGCGGCCGAGUCUUUCUGCCGAAACGCGCAUGGGGUCACGUAUGGGCAGGUUGUUCCGCCCAGUUGCCUGGCCGCCCAGCGCACCAAAUGAUCAAAUACGAAGCCGCGGCAUCCAGGACAACACAUGAAGCUAGCUCGUCCGUGGUCGGAUCAAUCCAGGAGCUCUUCUUCGUCGCUGUAGCGAGCGCCCCUGUAGUUGUUCGAGUUUUCGGCGAGUUUCCGAUGAGAUUCCGACAAGAUUCAUGGCGGAAUGUCACCGGAACGCGUAGCGUUGACCGGAUUACACGCCCCACUUAGUUUUGCCUUCAAAUCUGUAAAUAAAUGGGUCGCCGGGGUGUAUCCUUAGGGCAUGUAAUUUUUUACAGGUUUGACCUUUUUACGGGCUCUAUUCAAGGUGUUUUUUAACACCGUGAAACUGAAAAGAUCAUUUUAUAUGGAUUUAACCACUUUUAA